AUGUUGAGCGCGUUUAGUUUGGUAAACGGCAUUUACACCAAGAACUACCAAGCCCAUCCAGUAUUAACAUUAGCCUUUACAAAUGGAAAUUUAAUGGCUUUGUCAGAUAUACUAGCACAAUCUAUUAAUAUUAACGUCAAUAGAAAAUAUCCUAAAGAUGAAUCGGAAGAAGCUAAAGAACGACUACACAGCAACGAACAUUUUGAUUACCCAAGACUUUUACGAUUUUCACUCUACGGAUUCUCAGUUGCACCAAUUGGAUAUUUUUCAGCCUUGAAAGCCAAUUAUACAAUUUGGCCAUUAGUUCAACUUGUAAAUUUUCGUUUUCUUCCUUUGCAAUAUCGAGUACCUUUUGUUGGUUCAGUUGGUGUUUUAUGGUCAACUUACCUUAGUCUUUUAAAUAGCAAGACUGAAAUUUAA